AUGCCUAAAAUUACAGUUGCUGUAUGCCAAUGUGCAUGCCAAGAAUUCAAUUUUGACAAAACAUUAGCUCAUCUGGAAAAGUUCGCUAAAGAAGCUGUUUCAAAAAGCGCCGAACUUGCUCUUUUUCCUGAAGCUUUCAUCGGUGGCUAUCCACGAUAUUCACAUUUUGGCUCUGUAGUUGGCCAUCGCACCGAUGCAGGUCGUACAGAAUUUCUCAAUUAUUAUAAAGCUGCCAUAUGUCUGAACGAUGGAAACGAUAAGUCUAUUGAGAUUCAAAGAAUUGAAGAAAUUGCACGCAAUGAAAAUAUUUUUCUUGUGAUUGGCAUUAUUGAACGAGAUGGUGGAACACUUUACUGUACGGUUAUUUACAUUGAUCCUCAACAAGGUCUCAUUAAUUCACGAAGAAAACUAAUGCCAACAGGUAUCGAGCGACUUGUUUGGGGCUUUGGCGAUGUCAAAGAUGUCAAGCCAGUUUUAUUAACAAAAGACAUUUCGAUGGGAGCGCUUAUCUGUUGGGAGAACUAUAUGCCUCUUCUUAGAUAUCAUCUGUAUUCGCAGAACGUUCAAAUAUAUUUGGCUCCGACUGCUGAUGGGCGUGAUACAUGGAAAGCCAGUAUGCAACAUAUUGCUGUUGAAGGACGAACGUAUGUUUUAAGUGCAAAUCAAUUUGUCAAAGUAAAGAAUAUGCCAAAAGAACAUUCCUUGCCAGAGGAAUUUUCUGAUUCCGAAAGUGUGUUGACCAAUGGUGGUAGUUUGAUUGUUGAUCCUUUUGGAAAUAUUAUUGCUGGUCCUCUGUUUGGUGAAGAAGGUGUUCUUGUAGCUGAAAUUGACACAGAUCAAUGUAUCAGAGGCAAGAUGGAUCUUGACAUUUGUGGACAUUAUGCUCGUAAGGAUGCGUUUCUAUUUCAAGUAAAAGAAUGA